UGCGCAACUCAUCGUUCGUCAAUUGAUUCAAGUUGGAGUGGCGGUCGUAGUUGGUAUAAUAGCAGCUUGUGUUGGACCACUUUACUAUUGCAAAACAUCGAAUAAAUUUCAUGACAGAAGCGAGACGAUCGAGAGCGAAUCGCCUAUGAUUCAUAUCAAGUUAUUGUAUCCGCAUCGAGGUCAGCUCUCGCACGACACCCUCUCGGAUGCUUACGACAGUAGACGGAAUUCUAUCGAUUCGAAUGAUGCUAAGGAAAUGAAGCAGGUGGUGCAAGAAACGAAACCGGUUCCAUCGAAGGAAACACAAAUUGUUCCUGUGAAACCACCCCGUCGUGACCGACGCAGAGUAUCGGCGAACAUGUGGUCGUCUGCGUUAAAAAACCAGUUGGACCAAAUCACAAACGAGUCUACGGAUGUGUCUGGUGGAACUACGAAAAUUAUGCGUGCACAAAUCGAAGUGAACCCUUCUGCGCCGAGUAACCAGGAGGCUUCUGACUCGCUUGGGUAUAAGUCACUUCAUCCUGGUGAUCGGAUCUCACCGGAACUGGUCGACGGUCAGAGUCAUACGAACGAUGAAAGAGCGAGGAGACUGUCAUCGGCUGUUGUAAAGAAGUGGAAGAAUCUGAAGAAGAAUUUAAUGUGCUCGAGGACCAAGAAAGCCAUGAUAUUAAGAGAUUCCGAAAGCGACGAGACACAAAGACUUAACCUUCCGGUUCCAGCUUCCGUCCAGCGUGCUCCAGCGGCGCAAUCGACGAUGCUUCAGAAAACUCGACUGGUUGACGUGUCGACAUCGACCCGAAUAAGCGGUAACAUUCAAACCGACCAAUAUUCUAUGAAGCAGAACAAUAACAACGAGAACAACGAAUCGAGAAUGCGGUCCUCCGAUCAGGCAAAUCCAAGACCAGAAGCGUUAGACGGCAUGGUGUCGUUGAUAAAACGUCGAUCCGUAAACGGAAAGUCGAUCGUCGACGUUAGGAUCGAUGGUCUGGUGAUGAAUCAGUCGGAAUUAUUGGAUCUUUUCGAAGUAACCAGGAGCAAAAGUCGUUCAGCUUCCAUCGUGACGACGGAGGAAGCUUCGAUAAUCUCCAUCAAAUUCCAUCGACGCAGGAACAGUACCGAGUCGAUGCAUAGCAAAGAUAAUUCCUUCCUCGAGGACUCGUUAGUGAAGUUCCAGAAAAGUAUACUGGAAGUGUUCAAGGAUCUAUCGUUCUCCAGAUUGUUCGGAUCGCGUGAGCAAUCGAGAAAUUCGAAUCCUGCGACUCCGUCUAUUCAGAUCUCGAAUUAUACGAGAAUGUUAUACGGUUCUAGAAACGAAACGUCGUAUAAAAAAUAUCAUUAA